GGGCUGGGAUCCUAUAGAGUCUCCACAGUCCCUGGCCGGGCAGCAUGGAACUGCUGUGCUGUGAGGUGGACACGGUUCGCAGGGCUCAGACAGACCCCACUUUACUGUUUGAUGACCGAGUCCUGCACAAUCUGCUGACCGUGGAGGAGAGGUAUCUGCCCCAGUGCUCCUACUUCAAAUGUGUCCAGAAGGACAUCCAGCCCUUCAUGAGGAGGAUGGUGGCCACCUGGAUGUUGGAGGUUUGUGAAGAACAGAAAUGUGAAGAAGAAGUGUUCCCCUUGGCUAUGAACUAUUUGGAUAGAUUUUUAGCUGUCAUCCCAACCAGAAAGUGUCACCUACAGCUUCUCGGAGCCGUCUGCAUGUUCCUCGCAUCGAAACUCAAAGAAACCAUCCCUUUAACGGCGGAAAAACUUUGCAUAUAUACUGACAAUUCCAUUAAACCCCAUGAGCUGCUGGAGUGGGAGCUGGUGGUGUUGGGAAAGUUAAAGUGGAAUCUGGCGGCCGUGACCCCCCAUGACUUUAUUGAACAUAUAUUGAGAAAGCUUCCAAUGCCUCAAGACAAGUUACUCAUGGUCCGGAAACAUGCCCAGACGUUUAUUGCACUUUGUGCUACAGACUUUAAUUUUGCCAUGUACCCACCUUCGAUGAUCGCAACUGGAAGCGUUGGGGCCGCCAUUUGCGGCUUACAGUUGGACGAUGGAGAAAGCUCCCUCUCCGGUGAUAAUCUCACAGAACAUUUGGCCAAGAUCACUAACACAGAUGUGGAUUGCCUUAAAGCUUGUCAAGAGCAGAUCGAGUCUGUGUUGGUCAGCAGCCUUAGACAAAACAGACAGCAGACUCAGCAGAGGAACACAUCCAAAACAGUGGAUGAGCUGGACCAGGCCAGCACUCCAACAGAUGUGAGAGAUAUCAACCUGUGAGGAGUCCCGCACCGAAGAUGCCUUUCUUGUUCUUUACUUUUAGAACAAAACCUUUUAUAUCUGCUCCCACUUAGGAAAAAAAAAUAUUUAAAGAUAUUUUUAAAUACAAAAAAAACUGAAUUAUUAAUAAAUGUUUGGUGCCUAUGAUGUCCUUAUAGAAGGGAAUCCCCCAAUAUAUGUCAUAACUGAUGUUACGUAGCGAGAUAAUUGUAAACCCACAUUUGUGGGAUCAAACUUAGGUAUACUUUUUUACAAUACAAUAUAGUUGCAUACACGCUCUCCUAAUGUUUCAGAGGGGACGGGAGUGUGUGCGUUAUGGAUUGUUUUUUAGAUUGCAAAGCAAUAGAAUAAUGAAUUCUAGAGGGCCGUGUAAGGAGAGAUCCCUAAAGUGAUUGAACCAUUUUUUGGACGUAGAUUCGGGAUCUGUUUUUUUUUUUUAAUUGUUAUCUAGAGAGGUGCUCUCUGUAUCUCGUUUUUUGUUUUGUUUGUUUGUUUUAGUUCUGUUUACUCUUGCUGUCUAUGGUAGCUGCUACCUAAGAACGUUGCUUUAUUUUUUUUUUAUUUGCAAGCCUAAGGCAGGGUUUAUUGUUGUUGUUUUUCUCCCAAUCUUUAAAAUCUGCUUCUUUUAAUUCCUUAUUUUCAAAUAUGGUUCAAUUAGGUUUAAAUUUGGUAUAUAGGGUUCCCGCUUAGUAAACUGUGGACCAGUCCAAGAUAAUGAAUGUACAUUAUAAGGGGGCAUUUUAAGAAGUGAGGUCUGUAAUCUCAAUGUGCAGGAGAGGUAGAUACCCCCCAAUCCUGCAAGAUAUUUAAUGAACUCCACCUCACCGUUCCCAAAAAAGUACCCCUUUUUUCUUUUACCCCGUUAGUAUGUUUUGUAUUGCUUGUGGUCUACAGUUAGGAUUAUUGUAAACCAUUUCAGUCGAAAAAAAAAAGCACUUUGAAAAUUGUUCCUAAGGGAUAGAUGGAAUGGUUUAUGAAAAUGAUGCUGGGCGAGUCACACAUAUAUAUAGCUUUUUAAGUCUCCACUGCCGAGUUUGCGUUUCGUUAAUUUAUAGAGUUGCUGGAUGUUCCUAUACCUGCCUUGGGUGACAUUCCUUUUACAACAUUCCGGAUGUAUAACAAAAGAAAUGUUAUUUUUUUUAUUUUACUUUAAAGGGAUAGUAAAGUCUUCUGACAGGGAAAGCCCUCUGUGUUCUAGCAGGAGGCCAAUUUUUGAAACUGAUCCUUGAAGUUCAAACUUUAGCUUGGAUCCAGCCUGGCUCCAACCGGCUUGUCAAAAGUGCUAGUGCACAAGCUGGAGUUUGAGUCGUCUUUUUUUUUUUUUUGGUCACGUCAGUGUUUUUGGUCCUUGUGGGCAUCUGUACAGCUCAUGCCGAAUCACUUGGUUCAAACAAGCUGCUCAUUGAAGUGUUACUCCCCAAUCAUAUACCUAACGAAGACAUUUUGUAAAACACCAACUUGUCUUAGCUGCUCUCCCAAGACAGUUAAAAGACGAAGAGCUUUACCCACUUGCUAGAAAACAAAGGACUGGCUUUACUAUCCCUUUAAUUGCCCUGAAGGAUCAAGUUAAUUGCCAUAAUAGUCAUUUUUUUAUGGAAAUAGCUAUUGACAAACGGUAACCAUCAAGAUUUAAGACUUGCAUCAAAUGCUUUCCAAUGUACUUGAAUUUUUAUUUUCAUUAUCUGCUCCAGCAACAAGGCAUUUAGGUUUGUGAGAAAAAAAAAAUAA